UUAAAAAUAUUGUAUAGUUUGCAAAGUUUUUCGCGCGGAUGAUAUUUUCUAUUAAAUCUUGUUUCGACUAUAUAUAUUAUAUUAUCUAUGUACUAUAUUAUCUACUAUGACAUUCCUCAACAACAAAAAAAACGCCUACACAUUAACUUCUUUAAUGCAUAAGUAUCUUUUUAAUUUUAUUAUUUUCCUUAAUCUAUCAUUUUAAGUUAGUGGAAAACUUCUCGCGACUUUUAUUGGUAUAUAUCAUAUCUGAUCAACUAUUUAUGGAAACAAUAUUUAUUUGGAAACAUCUAAAACAUUUUUAAGACCUUUGACGCUUAUCAUGGAGCACUAUCCUUAACGAUUUCAGAUCAGUAAGCACGCUAUUAUGUAUGUAGCUAGUGUUAAUUGGUUGAGUUAAAUUGCUGUAAAAUACGGAUAUACAGACGAAAGAAAAGAACAUUUUUGACCAUUUUCUUACACAGCUAGAGUGACAAUUAUUUUUGUAUAAAAACCCAGGACAAGGAGCAAAAAAAAACAUUUAGUUUUAAACAGUACGAAUGGUCACCGUAUACAUAAGUAGCCCUAAAAUCGAUACGAAAUCAAACACAUACAAAGUAGACUAUAUUAAUUUACAUUCAUGUUUUUUUUUUCUUUUUUCCUGUCUAUGAAAUGACUAUAUCCUCCUCCUCGCGUCGUUUUCCUCAUUACUGAGGGUCGUGACUCUCCCGCUGCAUCAGUUUCUUCCGUACGAUUUCCCUCCAUCUUCUACGAUCCUUAGCUUUGUGGAAGGCAUUGUGGAAGUUGAUGUCCAGAGAAGAUCGUAUUUGGUCUGGCCAUCUCGUAGGACUGCGUCCUCUGGGACGUUUGUCAUCUACCUUUCCUGUCACCAUCAGCUGUUCAAGAUGACUAUAUAGAUACAAGCUAAAUCAUGCACUGUCUUUUGGUCAGAUUCUUAGAAAACAUAGCAAAAAUAUUUAUUUACGCAUUAGCUAACGGUUGUUCCUUGAAAUCGAAAUCUCACAGACGUAAGGUCAAAUAAACAACAUUAAAAUAUUGAAUGAUGAGCGGGUGCGUCACGCGUAUAGUCAUUCAUUCAAGUUUCAAACAUUUGAAACAUUUCACUUCACUCAGUCCAUAGAUUAUACACUUAAUCAGUCAUCCAGCGAUCGCUCGCGUCGACAGUCGUGUUAACGCAUAUUUCUUAAAACUACGUAACUCGCAAAUAUUGUAACAAAAUGUGGAAGUUGACGGUAUUAGGAGUGUUUUUGACUGUUACCUAUGUUUACAGUCACACUUAUCACUUAGGAUCAUGUCCCAUUGUUGAGCCUAUGAGCGGAUUUGAGAUGAACAGGUUGCUAGGUGUGUGGUACGUUAUACAGAAGACCUCAACAGCAUCCCACUGCAUCACGUACAACUUUAGCAGGACCGACGAGCCUGGACAAUAUCAGCUGGAACAGGACUCUCAACAUUUCAUACUCGGAUUGACGCCCUUGAAACACGACUACAAAUAUACUGGUGUCCUGACAGUACCUGACCCCGCUGUUCCUGCAAGGAUGAAGGUUCGAUUCCCUCUGAGCGUUGCCGGCUCAGCAAGCUACACAGUUUUGGCAACGGACUACACAACAUACGCCGCGGUCUUCACUUGUCAGAAGUUAGCGUUCGCUCAUAGACGAUCUGCCACUAUCCUCUCGAGAACGAAAGAACUCGACAAAAUGUUUGUUGAUAAAAUGCGUUUAAAGCUUUCUUCGUAUGGAGUGGACCCUUAUGAUCUUUCGAUCAUAUCACAGAACGAUUGUCCAGGUCUACCCGAUGGCGCAUCUGAAGGCGUGAACAUAGAUAUAAACCCCGAGACUUUCUCGUCUCACAACAUCGGCGAAGCUGUCAGGAAAACUGGCGGAGCUAUUGCUGACGGCGUGGAAUACGUUGUGGAGGCUGGAAAGAAGGUGUACCACAAAGUGGCUAGCAGCAAGGAGGACCUUACCGAACCACCUUCGAACCCAUACGCAGUCAGACCUAUGGACAGCGAUGCCGAGUGGCUACCCUAAAGGGCUAAGUGGAUGCGCAAGUGACGAUAGAUUUUAAGAAUAUGAUCGAACUAGCUUUUGCCCGCGACUCUGCCUGCGUGGAAUAGUUACUUAUAGCAUAACGCUACAUUUUACCGCCCCACUUCAUUUGCGUAGAAAGUGAAAAUAUUUUGAAACAUUCUUUAUUGCUGCUCCACUUGUAUUGGUCUUACCGUGAUGUUUGUAUAGCCUAUAGCCUUCGUCAAUAAAUGGCCUAUCUAACAAUGAAAUAAUUUUUCAAAUCUAGUUCCUGAGAUUAGCGCGUUCAAACAAACAAACUCUUCAGCUUUAUAUAUUAAAGUAUCGGUAUAUCAGCUUUAUAUAUUAAAGUAAAGGUCAGCUAGUUUUAAUUUUUUUUUAAAAAGCUAUAUUAUGUCGCAAAAAGUAUAAUAUUAUGUAAUAAAUGUGGUAAAUGUGUGAAAUAAUGGGCUCGGUAAAUAUGCAUAAAUGGCAUUACAUACAGCUGGUUUAACUAUGUCUUAAAUCUAUUUUUUACACAUCUAAUAAAUGUAGGUAGUUAGUUCCUUUUGUAUCUUUAUAAUAAAUGACUAAUGUGAAAUAAUAAAUGUGAUAAAACCA